CUGCUGUAGUGAGUUGACAGCUCAGUGCCCAGGACACCACGGAGCGUGGGGCUGCUUAUGCUGGUCGUGGGGCCAGAGUCUGCUCCUAGAGCACAAGGCCAGAAGAGUGCCCUGUGGGCAGCCAGUCUGACCUCCUGGAGGCAACAGACCUCUGGGCUUCAUUGGGCAGGCUCAGGGUUGCUGUCAGCACCACCGCAGGAGGAUCAGCCUUCACACGCCCCCAUGUUGUGUCUUGUUAUCAUUGCAGCUCACGCCCUUGGCCUAGCUGCAGCUGCACAGAAGGCCGUGGUGGCCCUGGACCCCCCCUGGAGCACCGUGUUUGAGGGGGACAGCGUCACUCUGACGUGCAGUGGAUCCCGCUCUUCUGGAAGCACCCGCACCUCUUGGUAUUUUACUUCUAGGGAGCAUGUCUCCGAAUCAAUAGAAAGAAACAGACUCCAAAUUAAAGCUGCACAAGUGAAAGACACAGGCAAAUACCAGUGCGAGACCCAUGGCUCCACACGCAGUGACCCCGUCCAGCUGACUGUCUCUCGUGGCUGGCUGAUUCUCCAGGCCCCGCAUUAUGCAGUGUUCGAGGGGGACCGGCUGGUUCUGAGAUGUCGGGGCGGGGGUGGGAUGAGAUACUACAGAGAUGGAGCAGACAUCACACCAAGGCCUGUUCAGCCCAGUUAUACUAUUGAUCAAGCAAAGACAACAGACGGUGGCAGAUACCAAUGUAAAGGAGAAGUGUUCUCUGGUUCUGUUUAUUAUACACAUGCCUCUAAUGAGGUGGUGGUUCUUGUCCGAGAGCUGUUUUCAACACCCGAGCUGAGGGUGGCCGGCUCAGCAGAAAUGAGGGAAGGAAGCUCGCUGGCCCUGAGCUGUGUCACGCAGCCCAGCCCCGAGAAACCAGACCUACGGCUUCAGUACUCCUUCUACAACAACAGCACGGUCGUGAGAGAGCCAACGAGCUCCCCCGAGUACCAGGUCCCAGAGGCAGGGCUGGCAGACUCGGGACCCUACUCCUGUGUGGUGCAGGCGGUGACCUCAAGUGUCCAGAAACGGAGCCCCGAGCGAGACAUCGAGGUUAAACGAGUCCCCGUCUCCGGAGUCACCCUGGGGGUGCAGCCCCGCAAUGGGCAGGUGGUGGCAGGGGGGCGGCUGGUGCUGAGCUGCUCCGUGGCUGCGGGCACGGGGCCUCUCGCCUUCUCCUGGCACCGGGAGGGCUCUGGCCUGGCUCUGAGGACAGAGACUUUGCGCUCACGGAGGAUGGACUACGAGAUCUCUGCUGCCAUGGAGAGAGAUGCCGGGGAGUAUUACUGCGCUGCCUCGAAUGGCCACGACCCGGUCCUGAGCCCACGGGUGACAGUCACAAUGUGGUUGCCUGUGACUGGGACCAGUAUCAUCAGAGAUAAGCCAGAGCUGGUGCUCACAGUGGGAGAAAGCCUGAAUCUCAGCUGCUCAGUGCAGGCGGGGACAGACCCAGUAUUCAGGUGGCUUCACAACAGCCAGGAGCUGGACGCGGCCUCAGGGCCGGGGCUGCUGAGUCCUGUGGGGCACGUCCUGUAUGUGGAGUCAGUGCAGCUGGGCCAUGCGGGGAAUUACCAGUGCAUCGCCAGCAACCAGCUUAGUCUGGAGAAAGUCUUCCAGGUCUCCAGCGAGAUUCUGGCCAUCACCGUGAGAGAGGCCACGAGUGUCUGGGUGAUUGUGGGCAUGACUGUCGCCCUCCUGUGCUUGGUCAGUGCCGCUGUGGCUGCCAUGUUCUACAUCAGGCACCAGCAGAAAGCAGGGGAGACAUGUUUCACUGCCUGGUGGAGGAACACCCUGGGCCCAGUGCAGCAGGAGCCCCGCACCCAGAGGCUGCCUCCCCCGGCAGCCGAGGCCACCACUGACCUGGAUCCAGAGUACCACAAUGUGUGUCCCCGGCAGCAGAGCAGAGACGUGGUCUAUUCCACUGUCACCUUCAAGAAAGGAAGCAACGCCAAGCCCACAGGAACCCCCAAAAUGGAUGAUGAACACCUUGUCACUUAUGCUGUGCUCCCCAGCCUCAAGCCCUCCUGGGAUUCGGCCAGCAGAGCGAGGGCAUCAGAAGGGGGAGACCCAUCCAGGAGUGACAUUUAUGAGAACGUUUCCCACCUGGACCUGCACCGACCCUAGAACGGCCCCUCAAUGCCUGGGACCGCUGGGGCGGCUCAGUAACACCUCAC